AUCCUAAUAACCCGGAAUGCAAAUAUGAACGUGAAUUUAUAAUGUUCAGUAUUUAAUUUAUUUUGGGCUACAACAUAAACACACCAAUGCGACACACUGCUAAGAUCACCCGAGAAGUUAAUAAUUAAAUUGCUAAAUAUCUACGAAUAACAACAUUUGGUAACUUCGAAGUCACUAUGCCUCGAUCGUCACUUCACUUCACACUCCACGGAUACUUUUGAUAUUUCUACUUACGUAAUCUCAGCCUACCAAGACAUCCUGAUGGCGUUUAAAGCACAGGGCGACCACGUCUGGCUGGAGGCUGGUGAUGGGGAAAAUGACGUCGCCAUUGGCGCAUGCGUAAAGGAGGUGCAAGGAGCAUCCGUCAUUCUCGUUGAUGACGAAGGCAAGGAAGUGGUGAUUGACAGGUCGGUAGCUGAGAGCCUGAAACACAUGCACCCAAGCAGCGUGGAAGGCGUGGAGAAUAUGAUUGAGUUGGGUGAUUUAGAUGAAGCUGGAAUUCUACGAAAUCUUCUUAUCCGGUAUCGCGCCAACAAAAUAUAUACAUACGUAGGGUCAGUUCUGGUCGCUGUCAACCCGUAUUGCUCAUUCCCCAUCUAUGGGACUGCAUACAUAUCUCGGUACCAAAAAGCUGUCAACGCAACGGAUCUCCCCCCGCACAUCUACGCCACGGGGGAGAUGUCAUUUGCUAUGAUGAAGAGGGAAAAACACAACCAAUGCGUAGUUAUAAGCGGCGAAAGUGGUGCUGGUAAGACAGAAUCUACGAAGUUUAUUCUGCAGUACUUGACUGCGGUCAGCGGUAGACACUCAACAAUAGAAGAGCAGAUUCUUGAUGCAAACCCCAUACUAGAAGCGUUUGGCAAUGCAAAGACGAUCCGUAACGAUAACUCGAGCAGAUUCGGUAAAUACAUCGACGUGCACUUUAACGAUUCCUGGGUAAUCGAAGGCGCGAAAAUAGAUCAUUAUCUUCUUGAACAGUCCCGGAUUGUAGCCCAGAUGCCCAAUGAACGUAACUACCACAUAUUCUACCGCAUGCUAGCCGGUAUGAGCCCGCAAGAGAAGAAAUCACUCCACCUCACGCAUGCGCAGGACUAUUAUUACCUGUCGCAAGGGAACUGCUUAACGUGUGAAGGGAUGGAUGACGCGUACGAGUAUGACGUCAUCAGGAAAGCCAUGACGGCUCUUUGGUUCACUGAAGAAGAAACGCAGUUUAUUUUCCGCUCUAUCGCGGCUGUUUUACAUCUCGGGAACAUAAGCUUUGAAGCGAAAAUGGAGGACAACAUAGAGGCAUGUGACGUCAUGAAUCCUGAGACUGUGGCUGCGGCAGCGGAUUUAUUACAGGUACCCAAAGAGCACAUGGAGGAAGCAUUUACGCGAAAAUCCACAUUCGCCGAGGGGGAGAUGAUCUACAGCCCUGUGAGCGUUGAAAGAGCCACAGAUAUCAGAGACGCGUUUGUUAAGGGGCUUUAUAGCAAAGUAUUUAUUUGGAUCGUCAACAAAAUCAACUCGUCCAUCUACAAACCGAGGGGUAAAGAUGACACAAGCGGCCGUCAGUCUAUUGGUGUGCUCGACAUAUUUGGUUUUGAAAAGUUUGAUAUGAAUAGUUUUGAACAGCUGUGCAUUAACUACGCAAAUGAAAAUCUUCAGCAGUUUUUCGUUGCGCAAAUCUUCAAAAAUGAGCAGGAGGAGUAUGACCGCGAGGGGAUCGAGUGGAAUUUCGUGACGUUCGUAGAUAACCAAGAAGUGCUUGACAUGCUGGCAGAAAAACCCAUGAACUUUAUCGCACUGAUAGACGAGGAAAGCCGCUUUCCACAGGGAACUGACGAGUCAUUUCUGGACAAGCUCAAUUAUAACCACAAGGACAACAAGCACUUCGUGAGACCAAAGUCACGCGUCCAGUCACAGUUUGGUGUGGUGCAUUUCGCGGGGACGGUUUACUACGACACUACAGGUUUCCUGGAUAAGAACCGGAACACGUUCAGCGCCGACCUAGUGGACCUCAUCUCGUCCAGCAAGUGCAAUUUUUUCCUGAACAUGUUCUUCAAGGAGAGAAGCAUGGGCACGGAAACUCGUAAACGGUCGCCCACUCUCGGUGUUCAGUUCAGGAGGUCCUUAGACGUUCUGAUGAAGACUCUAGCAAGCUGUCGAUCAUUCUUCGUGCGUUGUGUCAAGCCCAACAACUACAAGAAACCGAUGGAGUUCGACAGAGAGCUUUGCUGGCAACAGCUUCGCUACUCCGGCAUGCUGGAAACCGUGAGGAUUCGAAAGUCAGGCUACGCGAUGCGACACACUUUUGAAGAAUUCGUGACGCGUUACCACAUGCUCGUGCGUGACAGUUUGCGUGACAUGUCGUCACGUGAUGCUUCUCACCUGAUAGCGACUUCAUUACUUGGCCAAGAGAACUGGAAACUAGGAACCAAAAGGAUCUUUCUUAAGGAAUCGCAGGACGUCUUAUUGGAGGAAUCUAGGGCGCAGCUCCUCUCGAGUAAAAUUAUUUUCUUGCAACGCGCGAUGAGGAGAUAUUUGCGCAUGCGUCGUGCAAGGCGGACAAGGAAAGGCGCUGUUCUGAUACAAAGCAGGUGGCGAGGUUACCGUAACAGAAAGGCCUUUCUGGCUAUGAAGCGAGGUUUUGCCCGGCUCCAGGCUACAUUCCGUGCACGCAAGCUAACGGCCGGUCUUAAACGUGAGCUAGAGAUACGUAAGGAACUGGAGCGAAAGAGAGAGGAAGAGAGACGACGACAAAAGGAAGAGGACCGAAGGCGAUACGAAGAAAUGGAGAAGAGACGACUUCAGGAGGAGAAGCGAGCCCGGGAAGAGGAGAAGGCCAGAGUUGAGCGGGAAAAGAAGAGAGUGGAGGACGAGCGGUGGAUGAAAGAGCAAGAGCAGAGAAGGAGGGAGCGAAUGGAGAAGAGAAAACGUGACGAGGAGAUGCGAUCUAAGUCGGCCAGGCAGAAUCCAAGAAAUGACAACAUAAUCGGAGGAUUUACAAUCAAAGGAGUUUCUGGUGAAUCAAGUACCGAUGGCAAAAGCGCAAGUCGUAUUACGCAUGGUCAAAGCGGAUCACUGCUGGAUCUUCUGCGCUUGUCGAGCGUGUCUUCAGUCAAUGCUAAUUCCAAGGCCCUCAGCUCCUUCGAUAACAUGGCAGGGUCUAAGUGCGUCUUAAGCUCCUCGUCGCUUGCCGUCUCUCUACUGACCUUCGGCCUCGCGCUUGGGGCUUCCAAUAUGGCGGAAAAUGAGUCGCAUAACUCGUCACGUGAUACAACUCGUGAUAGAGCACGUGACUUGAAGUCGAAGAGGAAAGAAUGUCAAGUUGAGAUAGACCUGGAAAGAGGACGGCCGAAUAAGUCUGAAUUCAUUUCCCCUUUGCGCACGCUAGCACGUGGACCACAGGGAGCCCAAGGGACAAGAGGUGCAAGAGGAACACAGGGCUGUCAAGGGUCGCGUGGAGCUAACGGGCCAAUGAGUAGCAUAUUAGAAAAAGGGGUUCAACAUUAAAUUCAACGGACCACAGGGAGCCCGGAGAAGAAAAUUUAGGACCCAUGUGACACCCACAGGGCAAUGAAUGACUAGAAUGUUACGUCUGGGUUUUGCCGGAAGGGAUUUCUUGAUCCCGCGUUUUUUUUUGCCCAAUCCCGCAUCCCGCACGGCGUUGAUUUUGUAUAAUCCUGCAUCCGCACCGUUCUUAUUUGUCGAUUUUGUUCAAUCCCGCAUCCCGUGGACCUGGCAUAUUCCAGAUCCCUAAACAUAUACUAUUUUUGCGUUUCCCGCACCAAAUUUAGGCCAAAAAAUAACCGUUCUUUAAAUAUUCUCUGCCAACCGCCAUUACACCCCCCCUAAAAGGAUAGAAAUUGGUAAAGUCGAAUAACCUAAGAGAUAUAGGACAAUCACCCCCGUCUCCUUUUUAAAGCCUUCUGUCCCUUAUUACAUUUAUCUCAGAUGCAUUAAAAUCACUUAGCAAAACAUC